UUCAGCAAACUUUAAAGGCUCCUUUGUUGAUAAAGAACAGUUAACUCUCCGUGAGACAUGCUCAGACAUUAAUCUACAUGGUCGCAUGUGUAGCAGCUACAUUUCCACAGGAACGUCCACACGUGGGUCCGUGAACCACCGGUGUGCCGUAGUUAGGCUUCAUCAUCAGGCUGCAGGUCAUGGGCUUGACCAAGCAGUACCUGCGCUAUGUUUCCAGCGCAGUGUUCGGAGUCAUCGGCAGCCAGAAAGCCAACAUUUCAUACGUAACCCUCCGCGGAGGAGAGAGGGGGCGCUACGUGGCUGUGGCUGCGUGUGAACACGUGUUUAUCUGGGAUGUCCGAAAGGGAGAGAAGGUCCUGAUCCUGCAGGGCCAGAAACAUGAGGUCACCUACCUCUGCCCCUCACCUGAUGGCAUCCAUAUCGCCGUGGGCUACGAAGACGGCGCAGUGCGGAUCUUUAGUCUGAUGAAUGGGGAGAGCAACGUCUCGUUCAAUGGACACAAGUCUGCUGUCAGCGUCAUACGCUACGACGGGCUCGGAGCUCGGCUCGUCACCGGUUCCAAGGACACAGAUGUGAUCGUGUGGGACAUCAUCAAUGAGUGUGGGCUGUACAGGUUAAGAGGCCAUAAAGACGUCAUCACACAGGCCUUGUUCCUCAAAGACAAGAACCUCCUGGUCACGAGCUCCAAGGACAGUUUUGUGAAAUGGUGGGACCUGGACACGCAGCACUGCUUCAAGACCAUGGUGGGCCAUCGCAGUGAGGUGUGGGGCAUGGUGCUGCUGAACCAGGAGAACAGGCUGUUAACAGGCUCAGCAGACAGUGAACUUCGAGCCUGGGACAUCAACUAUCUACAGGAG